AUGGUGGUGGCGUACAACUACGACGAAGGGGUGGCCACCGUGUGGAACUCUGUUAAAAUGGUGGCGGCGAUCGGCGCCGGAGAACGGGCCGACCGCCAUGUCCGCCCUACAGCGCCAAGCCGCAGCACCGACGCCCAGCUCAUCUCCGGCCAUCCAAAUGGCAACGUUGCUCCACUCGCCGCCGUCCGAUCCUUACCUGGUCUCAUAGAUGAAAGACGCAGCCGUCAGCAUCACCGGCGGCCACCCGCUGCUUCUCCCUUCUCGGCAAGGCCCGGUCAACGUGGAGCUGCGAUUAUGGAUUGA